CCAAGUGUACUUGGUCUAUCUUGCCUUACUAAUCAUACCUCAGUAAGCUGUAAAAACGGGGGGUUCCUAAAAAAGAAAUCAAAAUUUAUUAUAUUAUCGCCACACUUCCCAUGUACUCCCGAAUGUAAAGGAUUCUGGUCAUAAUUCCAAGUGAUUGCAAAUGGCAUCCGUUGUUGGGAGUCGAAAGAAGGACAAGAGGACAACACUUCAAGAUUUCGAGUUAUCAGUCACAUUGGGAACGGGGACGUUCGGAAGAGUACUUCUUGCAAAGGAUCGAAGAGGUGGAGAAUACUAUGCGCUGAAGAUUAUGAAUAUUAGUGAAGUUAUACGCUUAAAACAAGUCGAGCAUGUACAGAACGAGAAAACAAUCCUCAUGAAGAUAGAUCACCCAUUUAUUGUGAACUUAUUGUGGACCCACCAUGAUCAGACCUUUCUGUACAUGUUACUAGAGUAUGCCUGUGGGGGUGAGCUUUUUACAUAUCUUCGCACCGCUGGACGGUUUAACAAUGGCACAGGACUUUUUUAUGGGGCUGAAAUAGUUUCUGCACUGGAUUAUUUGCAUAGUAUGUCAAUGGUCUAUAGAGACUUGAAACCUGAGAAUAUUUUGUUGGAUCGGGAAGGCCAUGUAAAAAUUACAGAUUUUGGUUUUGCCAAGGAGGUCCAUGAUAA